AAACUUAAACAGCUCCAUUCAUCCCUAUCUAUCUUUUACCUUCAUCUCUCUCUCGCAGUUUCUCGACUUUCUCCUAUGGCGUCUGUUCUUCCUGUCCAUCUUCAACCUCCACCAAGACCUCAUCCUCCUCAACUACAGAGACUUCACUGCCCUGCAAAGCUUAACUUCUCUCGAUUUCAACCCCACGGAAUCUCACCAUAUCUCCUCCUCAGGGGAUCUCCAAUUUCCGCCACCUCUUCCUCUUCUUCGAAUCCUUCCAAUUGGGACAGAGAAGAAAUCCGAUGGUUGAGAGAAGAACAGAGGUGGCUCCGCGAAGAACAACGGUGGAUCCGUGAAGAAGCUCGUUGGAAUUUGGAGCGCGAGUCGCUUCUCCGGGAAAUCGCCGAUCUGAAGCUCCGGAUUCAAUCCUUGGAGACCGAGAACUCUGUGCAAGGAGAUUCUGUCUCUGAAACCGUUGACAAUAUCGCCUCUCUGUUGCAGGUAUUGAAGGACGCUGAUCUGAAGUCGAAAUCUGCCAGAGUGAAUCAGAUUGCGGAGAGUGGUACUGUUCCGGCUCCCAUGAUAUUGGAAUCGGAGAGCGAGGAGGUGAAGGAGAUGGUUGUUGAGGAAGUUAGGAUGUUGGAGAGCAGCAAAGAAGGAAAAGUGGAGAUAAAAAAGGUCAAGAGAAAGUCGCUGAGAAAGGGCUCCGAAGGAGAAGACGUUCGAGCAAUGCAGGAAGCAUUAUCAAAAUUGGGAUUUUAUUCUGGUGAGGAAGACAUAGAGUUUUCCAGCUUUUCAAGUGGGACUGAACGUGCCGUAAAAACCUGGCAAGCCACAUUAGGUGCUACUGAAGAUGGAAUUAUGACUGCAGAGCUCUUGGAAAGAUUAUACAUGGAGCAAGAAACCGUGAAUGCUGGCUUCAAAGUAAACAAAAAUCAGCAAGAAGUGCCUCCUCCUAUGCCCAUGCAGGAGGGCGGAAAUGGAGCUGCAGUUUCUAUGACAGAAAUCUCUGAGAUUCAGCAGACCGUUGUGAAGGACAGUGGUGAGAAGGAGGUUGAAGUAUCUCAACAUAGAGUCUUCCUUNGGGGGGUGUGGGGGGAAUGUGAUGGAACAGGUGAACCCAACAUAGAACCACAGUUUAUGGAAUGGAUAGAUGAAGGAGCAAGUUGUCCAUACUGUGAAGGCCGUGGGUAUACUACCUGUGAUACAUGCGAUGGGAAAGGAUGAUGCAGAUAUAAUAUUAUUUUUCCUAUGUACAUUUAUCUAUGCCUUUAGAUUCUGUUAAUGCAGAUAACUGAAUGUCUUACCCUGUCAAAAGUUCUAAAGAGAUUGGAAGGCUAGCCAUACCUGCGGAUACAGUGCUGGCUUUUCUACACACAGAAUAGUUGGAUCCACAGUGACUUUGCUAUACGAUCAACUGGAUAUCUCAAUGAUGGGUUUUAGAGCA